AACCCGCGGGUCAAUUAUUCCAACCGUCGACACUACAGGGAGUGGUUUGACAACUUUUCCCAAUCGAACACGCUAAGGUUUUAUAUUCCAUCACCAUUUUAACGGUCAUGUUUAGUAAACACGGCUUUGUCAACAAAACAUGGGACAAAUGUUUACCACUGUAACCCCUGACCCGGCAAACACAGCAAAAAUGGCGGACGCCGGUCAGACUUUUUCGUUUGCCGAUGUUGACGCCGUGGGACUGGAUUUAGACCACACUUUGUGCCGCUACAAGGUUGCAGAAACGUUCGAGAUGAUCUAUGACGGCAUGUCUAGAUACGUGGUGGAAGAACUCAAGUAUGGGAAGGAGGACAUGCUUCGACCAUUCUCAGAGGACAGGGACUUUUGUAUAAAAGGCCUACUCUUGGAUGCUUUGAGAGGGAAUUUCUUGAAGUUUGCAGAGGAUGGCACCAUUCUGAGAGCCAGUCACGGAACAAAGAAAAUGACUGAAGAAGAAAUUGUUGCAACAUACGGAGAGGAAAAACAGUGGAAGCACUUCGCAGAACUGAAGGGGAAGUUUGAGAACUCAGACAAGUAUCAUCUGUACGAGAACUACUUUGACAUGCCCGGCAUUGUGCUGUGUGCUCGGAUGGUCGACAACCUGGAAAAACAAGCAGGAGGAAAGCAAAAAACAAAGAUGUGCAAGAUGUGGAGAGAUGCCAUUGAUGCCUUCAACAAUGCCUACAAACCUGAAGCUUUUGCAGCCCAUACAGGUGGCUACUUUCCUGGAAUCAAAGACGAGCCCUACACCUACAUGCACAAGUGCAGCGAGGACAUCCGGCGGUGGCUGAAGGAACUGCGGUCUGCAGGAAAAGCUGUCUUCCUGGCCACAAGCUCCUGUUCUGAUUACUGUGAUUAUAUAGCCAGGAAAGUUCUGGGGGACGAGUGGAAAGACUAUUUUGACGUCAUCGUCACCAACUCAAAAAAGCCUGGUUUCUUCUCCGAGCCACCAAAUAGGAGACCCUUCUACUCUGUAGUGGAUUUUCAGGAGGGCACAAAAGUCAAGGAGCUGGAAAGGGGGAAGGGGUACGCUCAGGGCAACUGGCAAACACUCAUGAUUCUUCUCAGGCAACUCACAGGCAAGGAGGAGCCAAAGGUUGUAUAUAUUGGAGACAGUCUGAGAUCAGACAUCUUCCCUCCCAAGAAGUUUGCCAACUGGUCCACUGUUCUUAUCUGUGAGGAGAUGGAGGCUGAAGGAAUGGAGGAAGACAGGACGCAAAACGGCCCCGCCACCAAGAGAGCGAGACAUAGUAACGACUAUGACCCAGCCAGCAGAGCCAUCCUGGUGUCUGACAUGUGGGGACCCUUCUUGACUGACAGAAGCACUUCCGGGUCAGAGGUCGUGACGGUGUGUGGCCACAUCCUGAGAAGCAGUGCAGACAUCUGCGUGCCACACCUGGAGUACCUAGCAGCUCUACCCUUGGAUCACAAGUUCACCACCUUUAAGGACAGCAGUUCUGAAUGGGCAGGGUUCCACCCAGGGAAACCCCGAUCCCUUAGGAAGUAGACACAGGAAACCCACAUAUCAAAGGAAGUACUAGUAAGCAUGUGUCACGUACAUAAACCCACAUUUCUGAGAAAAUUGAACCCAGGAAGAUCCAUGUUUCUGAGGAGGCAGACCUAGGAAAACCCUCUUAUUAACUAAUUAUGUAAAUCCACAUUUCUGAGAAUAUAAACUCAAGAAUAUCCAUAUUUCUGAGAAAACAGACCUAGAAAAGCCUACAGAAAUAAGGAUUCCAAAGUAGAUCUAUCGAACCCACAUCUCUGAAGAUAUAGACUCAGGAAACUGUAAGGAAUUCUGGAAGUAGACCCAAGAAACUCUGUCCUCUAAAGAGUGGAAAACACACUGUGAGGAAACCCUACAUGAGUAAAUAUACCCAUGAAAACCUACAUCCUUGAGGAAGUACAUGUAGACCCAGGAUAAUUAAACGCCGAUUUCUGAACAGGGAAAACAUUGAUCAUCACAGUAACAGCAAAAUACACCACUUGGCCUUCCUUCUCAAUUUCCACUCAUUGCUGUUGAGACAAUUUUAAGAAACAAUACUGUAGUUAAAAAUAGGUACAAGAUGGGAUUGGUCAUAACCAUCUAAUUAUAGGUAUGGUGAGAUCUAAAUCAGGAGUUUGAACAAAUAAUUUCCAUUUCACAACAUUCUUGCAUAUGCUGAAUAUUCAAAAGUUUGGCCAGAUAUGUGCAACCAGGCUUGUUAACAACAGCACAUUCAACUACCUCACGAAUCAUACCUCUCAAAUUUGACAACUUUGUUGAUAAUUUAGAAAUUUACACUUGAAAACAUUGCAUCUACUUUUUGUUAUUUCACAUGUCAGAGUGUACAAAAAGUUUCUUAAAUGUUUUUUUUAUUUUGGUCUAACUUAUAUUUGAAUUCCAUUCAAAUAUUAUUCCAUUGGCUUACCAUGUCAAAACCUCAACAAACAUUGUAUAUGAUAUUGCUGUUUUAUUUUGUUAGAAGUAGCUUGAAAGUACACCUUCCUUGUUUGACUGCUGUUUGGAAUGAUAUAGAUUUAGCUAUUUAAACAAAGAAAGAGAUGUGCAAAACUUUUAAGCGUGGUAGUUUUAUUUUUAGGAUAUGACUUGAUGUGGAAUACAAUGUAGUAUGUAUUAUGCCUAAAAUAGGCUUAAACCUGAAUUCUAUUGAAUUCAUAUUGUAGGAUAGACAGUCUAGUAUUUAAGUAAUUUAUUUUUCCUAUCCCUUUUGCAAGGGCUAUUUAAGAAUGCUUGUUUUAGGCUUAAAUGAUUUGUGAUUGUGUAGGCCAUGCCAAUUUGAAGACUUUGUUCUCAGCAUCAACCGAAAAUAUUUGACCAAUGCAGCUUGUCAAUGCGCGUUUUUAUUAGUAAUAGUAACAGGAACAAAACAUGGAAAAAGUAAUUCUGCAAAAUACAUGAUUAAAUUACAGUCAAACCUGCCCAAGACGACCACCCGGGGGACCGGGCAAAAGCGGUCGAAUUUGGUCAGAUGGUCGGUUAGAAGAGUAUCGGACUCACAACAUGCCCGAUGCAUAGUUUAAAUGGUUUCCGUUGUGUUUAAUGGCAAAUAGCAAGCACACGCACAUGCAUCUGCCGCCAUCUUUAUUUUGAACAUAACAUAGUAAUGGUAGUAAAAAUCAGAUGCAAACUGGCCGAAUUCGGCACAAAAUCACGCUACUUAUCAUUGAAAAUCGAUGACUUCUCAAGAUUAGAAAAUAAUGCGGUCGUUAUGGGCAUGGAUUUGGUCCCAAUUUUUGGCGGCCGCGUUGGCCAGGUGGUCGUUGUGAAGAGGUCACUUAAUGCUUACGUCAAUGGGGAAAAUUUUCGGGACCGCGAAAAAGCGGUCAUAAUGCCAAGGUGGUCGCUAGGAAGAGGUGGUCGCUUGGGAAGGUCUGACUGUAUUUACACAAAAAAGGUGCAGAUACAUUUGUAGUGAUUUUUCUCAAAUUAAACAUCAAAUCUUGCUGAAAUAUGAAAUCUAUAAAACUACCUGGAGGGUGUUCAGCUUGCCUUCAAAAUCAGUGUAAAAUCAAGAUUGGAUGGCACACAUAUCAAUUUUUUUAAGUGAUUGUAAUUAGGAGAUACCUCUUAUAGUAAUAAUGUAUAUUUGUGUGUACUAAACCGUAUUUGACAGUAUUGCACUUGAGAAGUAAUGGAAGUAGGACAUGUGUGCAAUUAGUGUAACAUGUGUGCAAUUAGUGUAACAAGUAAUUGAAGUAUACUAGUAGGGCUUAGUUUUAUAUCCUAUAAUCUAAAUUUGAAUUGACACCACAGUCCUCAACCAAACCCACUUCUUAUGUAAUUUGUUGUGGGUUUCACUUUAUGGCCAGUUUUGAUGACCACUUGUGUGUAAAUGAUUAAUACAAUUAAUUGUGUGUUUGCCAUAUUAAUUCUAUUGCUUGAUUUAGGUAGAUGACAGAUCCAAGCUGUCAUGUCAGGCACUUUUAGUACUAACUCAUGUUUCUUUGGUAAAAUGUCACAUUUGUCUGUGCUUACAUUUAUUCCAUUUUCUUCAGUGUGUGAUAAAACAGUUGCAGUGCAAAAAUGACUUAAUUUUUCCAUUUACAGAUUUGAAUACAUAAAUCUGCACUAAUUGUACGUAGAGACCCAUACAUCGCAUGCUUUUCCCUCUGCAUAUUUUUGUGAGUCUCUGAUUGAGAUGUAACUUAGUGUCAUUUAGAAUUAAUUUGUAGCUAAAAUUGUGCAUCUUAAAUUAAAAGUGCUAACACAGGAAGUG